CUCUUCAAGCCAAGGUCAUGGACCAGGUCCCAUUGGCUAGGCACUGUACAAACAAUUAUACAUAAGGAUAAAACUGAUUUGGUGUUUAUGGUACAUGCCAGAUGAUUACUUAAAACUUCUGCAUAAAAAUCUCAUAUAAACCAUUACUCAUUUUAUGAAUUAAAAAAAAAAAAUAGAAGCAAGUCAGAAGAAGUGACUGCCUGCAACUUCUGGUAAAUGAUGGACAUGACAUCAUAUCAGGCAUUGCUUAAGUAAUUGAUCCUUGGAUCUACAAAGAGAGACAAUACAGACACUGACCAAUUGAAUGCAGGAAGACUCAAGAAGAAAUAAAGGAAUUUACUGCAGUAAAUUCCCAACAGAAGCAAUGUUUGUUGGCAUUCAACAAGCAAAUAAUUGCCCAAUAUGAAUUUAUCCAUGUUUCUGUAAAUUAUUUCCUAUUUGCUCUUAGAGAUAAGGCUUCCUAUAAAUAAAGUUCUAUUUUUCUUGUGAGAAUCCAUCAGAAAGAACUCAGUGUUUUCAGGGGCUUUGCAAUAUAGCACCGCCUAAAUAAGUGAACUAUGAAGUUCUACAACUGCAUGUUGCUUUUGUCCCUGGUACUCUGUGUCAGUGCCCAGAACUGGUUCACUGAUGCUGGAGCAUUCGUAAGGGAUGCUUACAGAGGCGCUGAGGAUAUGUGGCGUGCAUACAGCGACAUGCGGGAAGCGAAUUAUCAAAAUGCAGAUAAAUAUUUCCAUGCUCGUGGGAAUUAUGAUGCUGCCCAAAGAGGGCCUGGCGGUAAAUGGGCAGCAGAAGUUAUUAGUGAUGCUAGGGAAGGUUGGCAGGGUGGCAUUAGUGGCAGAGGAGCAGAAGACACACGUCAAGACCAGGAGGCAAAUGCAUGGGGCCGAAGUGGAGGAGACCCAAACCGCUACAGACCAGAGGGCCUUCCCUCGAAAUACUAAUGCAGUCUGUAAUACUUUACAAUGGUUCAAUUUUUCUACAAGCUGUGAAAAACCACAAUAAAUACAAUCUUAAAUUUC